AUGACAAAAAAUCCUGCUAAACGUCUUGGUUGUGUAGCUGCACAAGGUGGUGAAGAUGCAAUAAAACGUCAUGCAUUUUUUGCUGGUAAAAUUGAUUGGGAAGCAUUAGAACGUCGACAAGUUAAACCACCAUUUAAACCAAAAGUGGUUAAUCCACGAGAUACAAGUAAUUUCGAUAAAGAUUUUACAAAUAUGCCUGUAGCAUUUACACCAAUUGAAGCUGUUAUUGUUAAAGCUAUUAAUCAAGAUGAAUUUAAAGACUUUUCAUAUCAAAAUGCUGAUUGGCGUUGUUUAGAACGUGGUGAAGUUCCUAAAGAUGAUGCUAACGAUGGUCGUCGUGCAUUACGUGAUGACUUAACUGUUAAUUUAAAACAACCAUUACCAAUGACACCUAUAUUAUCACAUCAAUCAUCAACAAAUGAUACUGUAUCAUCAACAAUAACAGUUGUUAAAACUGAUCACAUGCCAAUACCACAUACUGAAACUCGAAGAAAUCCAACACCAUCACCAUUUCAAUCAUUACAUACAUCAUCAUCAUCAACAAUACCAUUAGCAACAUCAUCAUUAUCAUCAUUAACAACAUCAUCAUCAACAGCACCAGUACAAUUUUCAACGACGAUACCAAUAACAGCACCUGCGAUAACAUCAAAUUCAACAACAAAUGCUCAACCAAAAUCACCAUCAACAAAUCGUUCGAAUAAAAUAAUAAUAGAUCAAACCGAUAUGUAA